AUGAACGUGGGGUCCCAUGUCGGUCGCACGCUCCUGACUGUCGCUCCUGUCGCUUCUCCUUCUGCUCCCACUGCUCCCACUGUGGCCAUCAACGGCUUUGGGCGUAUCGGUCGCGCCCUCUUCCGCAUCUGCCUCGACCGCAAUGACAUUCGCCUUGUUGCCGUCAACCACACUGCUGCCUCGAUCGAGCACCUCCUCUCUGCCAUCCACCACGACUCUACCCACGGUGCCUGCCUCCACUCGAGCGAGAUCAUUGUUGCCCCCGCAGACCACCCCGAGCAGCUCCAGCCCACCGCCAACAACCCCACCCCCUCUGCCCUCCUGUACCGUGGCCGCAUCAUCCACCUCUUCUCGCACCGUGACCCCGUCAAGCUCGACUGGUCGUCGGCCGGUGCCGACUACAUUAUGGAGUCGACCGGCAAGAUGACCACUGUCGCCACUGCCUCUGUUCACAUUUCCAAGGCCAAGGGCAAGAAGGUCAUCAUCUCGGCUCCUUCCAAGGACGCUCGCAACCUCGUCUACGGUGUCAACCACACCGACUACUCUGGCGAUGACGUUGUUUCCAACGCUUCGUGCACUACCAACUGCCUCGCCCCCGUUGCCUCGGUCCUCCACAAGGCUUUCGGUGUCGAGAACGGCAUGAUGACCACCAUCCACGCCUCCACUGCGUCGCAAAAGGUUCUUGACGGUUUCUCGGCCAAGGACAUUCGUUCCGGCCGCUCCGCCAUGGGCAACAUCAUCCCCGCCACCACUGGUGCCGCCAAGGCUGUGGUCAAGGUCCUUCCCGAGCUUGAGGGCAAGUUCCAGGGUAUCUCUGUCCGCGUUCCCGUCACCAACGUCUCGCUCGUGGACCUCACUGUUACCACCACCAAGCCCUUCGAGUCCAAGGAGGAGCUCAUGGCCGCCUUUACCACUGCCGCCAACACCCCCGUUUCGGAAGGUGGCCUCAAGGGCGUCCUCGGCGUCUCGAUGGAGAAGCUCGUCUCGUCCGACUACCUCACUUCCUCGCAGUCGUCGACCAUUGAUGUUGACGCUUCGAUCGUUCUUGACAACCACACCGCCAAGGUCAUUGCCUGGUACGACAACGAGUACGGCUUUGCCAACCGCAUGUGCGACCUUGCUCUCUACAUGAGCACUCGCGACUAG